CGUCCUUAUCUGGUAUUUGACACAAGGAAACAGUUAAAUCGAAAAGCACGAAUUCUUGUGAGCGGUAGAGCAGAGGCCUCCAUGUUUCCUUCUACUUCUAGAAUGACGAAGAAAAGGGACCGAGCGAGCAUUGAUACGGCGGUCGUUGAUAUCUGCCGCCGUGAGGUCGGCCGUCUUUCAACCCGAAAAUUCGUCAACCGGCUCGCCGCUUCAGAGGAUCUAGUCCUAAGACUUGAUCUUUUUAGGAAGCUGGAAAAACACAGAGGAUGUGUGAACACAGUGAGCUUCAAUGAAGAUGGAGACAUUCUUGUGUCUGGUUCAGAUGACAGGAGAGUUAUACUUUGGGAUUGGCAAACUGGGAAUGUUAAACUCUCCUUUCAUUCAGGCCAUAAUAACAAUAUAUUACAAGCAAACAUCAUGCCAGGUACUGAUGAUAGAAGCAUUGUUACUUGUGCUGCUGAUGGCCAGGUAAGGCAUGCUAUGAUCCCAGAACAUGGAGAAAUUGAGCCAAAAUUGCUUGGGAAACAUCAAGGGAGAGCUCAUAAACUAGCCAAUGAACCCGGGAGCCCACACAUCUUCUAUACAUGUGGCGAGGAUGGAUUGGUCCAACAUUUUGAUCUAAGAUCCGGAGAUGCCACCGAGCUUUUCACUUGCCAACCAAUUCCUGAUAGAAGCUUCGUAGGAGUCGUGAACCUAAAUACCAUAGCAAUCGAUCCUCGAAACCCUAAUUUAUUUGCGAUCGCGGGUUCCGAUGAAUACACGCGCUUAUACGACAUCCGUAAAUACAAAUGGGACGGUUCUACCCCUUUCGGUAAACCCACCGACUACUUUUGCCCGUGGCCUUUAAUCAACGAUGAAAACCUUGGAAUCACCGGAAUCGCGUAUUCUGAUCAAAGCGAACUCCUCGUAUCCUACUGCGAUGAUUUCAUCUACCUUUUCUCAAAAGACAUGGGUUUGGGCGGGGACAUAAAUGUAAUUUUGGAUAGUAGUAAUUCGUCUGAUUCCGAGAUGGAAAGUGAUGGGAAAGAUGGGCCGAGGGUUUUUAAAGGGCAUAGGAAUUGUGUGACGGUGAAGGGUGUUGGGUUUUUUGGACCGAAGUGUGAGUAUGUGGUGAGUGGGUCGGAUUGUGGGCGGAUGUUUAUUUGGAGGAAAAGUGAUAUGGUGUUGGUUAGGGUUUUGGAAGCAGAUAAACAAGUGGUGAAUUGUAUUGAAUCGCAUCCGUAUAUAAGUAUGCUUGCGAGUAGCGGGAUUGAACGCGAUAUAAAGAUUUGGACACCGACCGCAGUUGAAAAAGCGAAUUUUCCGACGAAUGUUGAGAAGGUUUUUGAGUCACGUCGAUUUCGUUUCUUUCCCGAUUUCGCUGACGAAUCGGAUGACGAGUAUUACUCCAACGACUAUGUUGACGAUAGCUCUAGCAACUAUAGCGAUUCUGAUGACGUGGACGAUGAUUACGAGGACGAUGAUGACGAGGAUGAAGACGAUGACGAGGAUGAUGAUGGUGGAGGUGGAGGUGAUGAGGACGAAGAAGGUGGUGUCACUUUUGAUUUUAUCGAUGAAGAUGACGCCUGUGAAGAGGAUGAUUCCGAAUUGUUCGACAGUGUCGACACGGAUGAAUACGGGGAUUCGAUUGAUGAUUUUGGCAGUGAGGAAUAAUAAUGAAGUUGAGGCCGAGGAACAGGUGGAUGUAUAGUACGGAUUCACCAAGGGACAUGAUGUUGCAAUUGCUUUCGAUGGGGGCGGGUCCCGAUUAUGAGAUGGGAAAUGGUGAAAGCUCGGAAGUAGGACGGAAUCGUAACAUGC